UUUCUCUCCAUGUUGUCAUUGCUGUAUUUGAUAUUUUCUCAGAAACAUGCAUGAAAGAGACAAUCGUGUUUGACAAAUAUUGACGCAUUGGCAUUUUCUGUGCAACUCUGCUUCUCUGCUCUUACCACAGCCACUGCCCCUGGCUAUGUUUUUGUUCACAACAUGGCGCCGCAGAUAGCUUGGGCAGAUGCUGGCGGUGGAGUGUAAUGUAUGGGGCUCGCCGUUUCUGCGUGACAUUUCAAUCUUGUGUGAUUGCGUGGUGUUUAGGCGUUGACAGCGGCAUGGAAGAGACACAGCACCAGUGAAAUACUGUGACAGUGAACCAUCUAAUGUUCAUCCGUGUUCCUCGCUCAGCCACUCUAUUAUCAAGACGACGUCGUGGAUUCCUUCUGCUGGUGUGUUGCCGAUGCCUGGGUCUCAGGAUUGCAAUGAAAGCAGAGCGGAGGACCCCUUUACUGCGGAGGAGGGGACAUUUGACCGGCUGAAAGAGCUUGCCAUCAUUGCCACCAGCCCAGAGAGUCCCCUACUACGGCAAGAUUCGCCUCCCCCAACUCCACGUCAGCGUUCCUUCAGCCUCUCAGCCCUACAUUCUUAUGCACGCCCCUCAUUGGAGCCCCCACUCAGCCCAAAGCUUGUUCUCACUCCAGAAGAUCGUUCUGCAGCACUCACACUCACUUCCAUGGCACAGCAUCGUGUGGCUGCAGCAGCUUCAGCUAAUGGUGGUGGGACUAGCCCCACUCGCAAGAACAGCCGUACACGUCAUGUCUCCUGGCCAGACCCCUCUAAGCCUAGGAGGCCGAUGAACGGCUUCAUGCUUUUUGCACAGAAGCACCGGGGAGAAUAUUCACACCUGCAUCCAGGGAAAGAUAACAGGGCCAUCAGCGUAAUGCUGGGUGACCAGUGGCGACGCAUGAAAUCCGAAGAGAAGAAACUCUACUCCUUGGAGGCCAAGGUGCGUGCUGACGAAGUAAAACGUGCCCACCCAGAUUGCUGGAAGCGGAAACGUUCCUACUCUACCAGUCUCUGAUGCCUCAUUUCAGUUUGAUCUUGGAGCACAUUGGAAAAAUGGGACCUUUGUCUCACGAAAAAUGUGGCACAGCUAGUCAGAGGAAAAAAAAAUAAAAAGGGUAUGCCAUUCAGUACAAAACGGCUCCGAAGUGUGCCAAAACGAAAUGACAGUGUUGCCAGUCGAUUGGGGGAAGGCGGGGACAUUUUUCUAAAUAGAUACGCUUCUUUAGGGUUUUUUUAUUAUUGUUGUUAUUGUGUACAUGUGGAUUGUGUUGUUGAUUUUGCCAACUGCUUCCCCUCUCUUUCACACGCAGUAUAACAGUUCGUUUUAGGUUGUGGGUGCUUCGUUUUAAAACCGGCUUUGCUCAUGUAUCAUUUUGACUAUAUACAUUUAUCUGUUAAAUAAACAGAGCUUGGCUCUCCAGUACAAUAAUUGUA